AUGGUUCAGGUAGUUGUAAGAAUCAAGCCAGAACCACCUUCAGAAGAAAUAGCAUUUUCUCAAUAUUCGAUAAGGGAUAAAACAAGAGAUAAUGAUGGUGCUACUGGUACAAGAAUUAUAUUCACUUCAGAAACAACAGGAAAUACAGAAUUCCAAGUAGACAAGGUUUUUGAUAGAUUCACAAAACAAUCAGAUCUUUUGAGUUCUGAUAUUGUCAAAAAUAAAAUAUCUGAAUUAUUUGAUGGGUUUAAUUCUUCCAUUAUCGCCUUUGGCCAAUCAGGUACUGGCAAAUCAUUUACUAUGUUUGGUAAUAAUUCUUUAACUUCUACAAAUACUAGUCCUAUUAAACAUAAAAAUAGUCAUAAUAACAAGAAAGCAGAUGCUAAUGAUGAAUAUGUUAGUGAUAUUGAUAGUAUAGAGGGGCUGGACUCCGAUUUGGAUAGUAAUCAAGAUAAUUUGAGUAGCGAUAUGCUACUUGCUCAAUCAGGGCUUGUAUUAUCCCCGAAUGAUGGGAUAUUACAAAGGUCUGUGAAAGAUAUUUUUUCAAGGAUAAAUGAGGUCAAACGAUUGAAAGAAAAAUCUCAAUUCUCAGUAUCUUUCUCAUUUUAUGAAGUCUAUGAAGAUAAAGUAUUUGACUUAUUAUCUCCAACAAAGGAUAAAACUCCUUUGAAAUUAAUUAGACCUAAUUUUAAAAAAAAUAAUUCUUCUUUAGAAAUUGAAAAUUUAAGACAGGUUUAUGUAGAAUCUUUUGAAGAAUUAAAUUCUUAUUUGAUCGAGGGUCGAUCAAAUAGAAAUAUGAAGCAUUUAACUUCAAGAUCAAAUAUUGUGAUAAAGAUUAAUUUGGAGCAAGUAUUUUUAGAGGAUCAGCUGAUGAAAUGUAGUUCAUUAAUUCUAUUGGAUAUGGCUGCAUCAGAUUAUAUCGAUAAAAAUGAUUCAUUAGGUAUAAGCGCUAAAGAAGCCAAAAAGCUUAAUUAUCCAAUGGAAAGUUUUACAAGUUAUAUUAAUUUAUUAGCUGAAACCGGUACUUCACCUUAUGAUCAACAAAUAAACGGUAAAAAAUCGAAUGAUUAUAAUUCAAAUUUAGUAGAUAUAAUGAGUAUACCAAUUGGAGGAAAUUGUAAAACCCUAUUUAUAUCAACCAUAUCGCCAUUACUAGCUAAUCAAAAUGAAACUUUUAUUACCUUAAGAAUUUCAGAACAAAUUAAAUCAAUUAUUUCAUCUUCAAAUAAUAUAAACAAAAAUAUUAAAGGCUUAAAUUCUAAAAAAGAACUGGAAUUGAUAAGAAUGGAUAUCAAUCUAAAAGAAGAAUAUUAUAAAUGUCAAAUCCGUAUACUCGAAGAGCAAUUAAAAUUAAUGAAAAGUCAUAGUAAUAUUAUAACAGAAACAAAUACAACAAGAAAUUCUGGAUUACAAGAAGAAAUUAAAUAUCAGGAAAAGGAAAAUAGAAAAUUGAAAAAACAAGUAAAAACUUUAGCAUAUAUUUUAACUAAGACGAAUAGAAAUAAUAAAUCAGCCACUAAUACAAUUUCAAAUGAUGAUAUGAAUCAAGGUGAUGAAAUAGAUGGAAAUAAUAUAAAUGAUGAUGAUAAUGAACUUAAUAAGCAAGAUACCAACUUGGCUGAUGAAGAUGAUGAUGAUGAUGGUGAUGGAAAUUCAUUAGAAACAGAAGAUAAUUCAGAACAUUUAUUAAAUACACUAUUAGAAAAAUGUGAGCAAGUAGUCGAACUUCAAUUAUCCUUGGAUGAAGAGAUUAAUAAAGGCUUAAUUUUACAAAAGCAAACUGAAUUUUCCAAAUUUAAAGGUCAAACUUUAGAGACGAUGAAUUUGAAAUUAUUAGAUCAAAUUAAUCUAUUAGAAGCAGAUUUACAAAUGACAUUAGCUGAAAAUGUAAGUAAACGUAAAGAAAUAGAACAUUUAAAACAAAUUGCAAAUUCACGUAAAUCCCGAAUUCAAUAUUUAGAGAACGAUAUUAAAGAAAAGGAUAUAAGCAUUAAAUCAAUAGCAACAAAUAAUAGUUUGAGUGUCAAUCAAACUAACAGUAAUAAUAAUUUGAAAUUACAAGAAGAAGCAUCAAAUUCAAGAAAAUAUUCAACCACUUCAUCAUCAGGGAAUACUUUAGUGCAUGAAGAAAGUAAUGAGCCAUGUUCACCAAAAAGUACCUCAUACCAUUGGCCAUCCAACUAUAUUUCUAGUCCUUCGCAUUGGGGUGUUACAAGAAAGGCAUCUUCAAGCAUAGAUAGUCCAUUUAAUACUACUCCUCAUAACCCUGUUGCAACUGCUAAACCAAUGAAGAGAGGGUUGGAUUUAAGAUUGAUGCAACAUAUAAGUGCACCAAGGGAUUCUGAAUCUACUGCAAGUACCGAUUCUCCUAGUAAUGUUUCUCCCAUUAAAAAUACCAAUUCAGUAAAUUAA